AUGGUCAGCAACAACACCAACAGCAUAUCCAGCUCCAACAACAACAAUCCCAGCAACGUCAACACCAACCCCAGCAGCAUCAACAUCAAUCCCAACAACAGCAACAACUUCAUCAACUCCAGCAACCCUAUCAAGACCAACAACAGCAGCAGCAACAUCAACAACUUCAGCAACCAUCUCUACAGCAACACCAACAACAAACAUUUCAACACCUACAGCAGCCGCAACAAGCCCACCCUCCAGCAACAACAGCAACAGCAACAUCAACAACAACAACCACAACCCCAUCAACAACAUCAUCAAAAUCUACAGCAACAACUACAAGCCCAGUCCCACCAACAACAGCAACCUCAAUUUCACCAGCAACACCCACCGGCACAACAGCAACCACAACUUCAUCAACAGCAACAGCCCACCCAAGCUCAGCUAAUACAUAGAAGCGCACAGGUAUACAGUGAAACACCUAGCUGGAUGUUCCGACCAGCGCAACAAUCAUACGAGAUUCAAGGAAUCCUACUAGAAGAAGAACCCACGGGAAGUCCAGGAGACUCGGGCCCCCCUAACCACAAGUCUUUGGAGGAGUGGAAUAGGGAACACCCCCGGGCUCCCGGUUUACCGGUGGAAGAGGACGCAAAAAGGGGGUUUAAACCCCUGUUCCCUGGGAAGAAGCAAGGAGACGGCCCAGCAGGCCCAGCGGUGGAGGUGCAGCUACGACAACAAGCGGCGAUUACCUCAAUCGGCAACUUCUACGGAGAUCAAUACGGACAUCGAGCACAACGGACCGAGCAUCACCACAAAACACAAUCGUAUUUUUAG